UCCUGUAUAUAUAUAUAUAUAGCUGAUAAACAUGUCCACAUCCACGCGAAGUUCAGUCACGAGAAAAUCGUCGCUAUCCAAAAGUGGCAGUUCUGACAAAUCAACAAAAUCCUCGACAGCUUCAUCCUCAUCCUCGUCAUCAACAUCGUCAAAGGCAUCGCCCAAAACGAAGGCAAAUCCUGCAAAUCCUGGAAAUGGCAGCAAACAGAAAAUGCUAUAUACCAGAACCAGGGAACGAAUGGUCGAUGAUGUUCCACUACCGCCCACACACAAGCUGACCAUGUCUGAGGUCUACGAUGAUCCCAAAACUGGCAAGCCAAACUUUGAUGCACUACGUCAGCACUUUCUGCUCGAGGGUCGCAUCGAGGAGAAUGUGGCCCUGCGAAUUAUCGAUGAGGGUGCCGCUCUGCUGCGUGAGGAGAAGAAUAUGAUCGAUGUGGAGGCUCCCAUCACUGUGUGUGGUGAUAUACAUGGACAGUUCUUUGAUCUAGUCAAACUAUUCGAAGUCGGCGGACCGCCAGCCACAACGCGUUAUCUCUUUCUCGGUGACUAUGUGGACAGGGGUUAUUUCAGCAUAGAGUGCGUCUUGUAUUUGUGGUCCCUGAAGAUUACUUAUCCUGAAACAUUGUUGCUGCUCCGUGGUAAUCACGAGUGUCGCCAUUUGACGGAAUACUUUACUUUCAAACAGGAGUGCGUCAUCAAGUAUUCAGAGCAAAUUUAUGAUGCCUGCAUGGAAGCUUUCGAUUGCCUGCCAUUGGCCGCCUUGCUUAAUCAGCAAUUUUUGUGCAUACAUGGUGGACUGUCGCCAGAGAUUUUCACACUUGACGACAUUAAGACGUUAAAUCGUUUCAGGGAACCGCCUGCCUAUGGACCCAUGUGCGAUCUCUUGUGGUCCGAUCCAUUGGAGGAUUUUGGCAAUGAGAAAACAAAUGAAUUUUUCUCUCACAAUUCGGUCAGAGGAUGUUCGUAUUUCUUUAGCUAUUCGGCUUGCUGUGAAUUCUUGCAGAAAAACAAUUUACUAUCAAUUGUUAGGGCACAUGAGGCUCAAGAUGCCGGUUACCGCAUGUAUCGUAAGAAUCAGGUAACUGGCUUUCCCUCAUUGAUCACCAUAUUUUCGGCGCCAAAUUAUUUGGAUGUUUACAACAACAAGGCAGCUGUGCUCAAAUAUGAGAACAACGUGAUGAACAUCCGACAAUUCAAUUGUUCGCCCCAUCCAUAUUGGCUACCCAAUUUCAUGGAUGUCUUUACAUGGUCCCUACCAUUUGUUGGUGAAAAGGUCACUGAGAUGUUAGUUAAUGUACUUAAUAUUUGUUCUGAUGAUGAACUGGUGGCCGGACCCGAUGAUGAGCUGCAGGAAGAACUGCGUAAGAAAAUUAUUCUUGUGCCGGCGAACGUGAACAAUAACAAUAAUAACAGUAAUACGCCCAGUAAGCCAGCUUCCAUGUCGGCACUUCGUAAGGAAAUUAUACGAAACAAAAUACGUGCCAUUGGUAAAAUGUCGCGUGUCUUUUCGAUACUGAGAGAAGAAUCGGAGAGCAUUAUUAAGCUGAAGGGUUUAACGCCAACGGGAGCCUUGCCAGUGGGUGCCUUAUCUGGUGGACGAGAUUCGCUCAAGGAGGCUCUGCAAGGUCUAACCGCAGCCUCUCACAUUCACUCCUUUGCUGAGGCCAAGGGAUUGGAUGCAGUCAAUGAACGAAUGCCACCACGACGACCGCUCACGAUGAGUGCCAGCAGCAAUAGCAUUACAACAAUCAGCAGCAGUUCGAGCAACAAUAAUACGUCUAUCAAAAACAACAACAACAAUAAUAAUAAUAACAAUACCGAAACAAGCAGCAAAGAUGAAACAACCACAAAAGUCACCAAGUCGAGCAGCAGCAGCAGCAGCACCAGGACAACUGUCAAAUCGGCAACAACCAGCAAUGUGCGAUCCGGUUAUAUGAGCAAAAAGUUCUCUUAGCUAGACAUUUUUGUUAAACAAAAAUAUAUAGUGUUUUCUUUUAAUUAUAUACACUAGAUACAUUUGAUUUAGUUAAAAUUUUAUAUACGAUUCGGUUGUAGAGAACAAAAGCAAUUGAGCAAAAUUUUCUAUUUGUUGUCACACGUUACGCGUAUUGUACUUACAUACUAUACUCUACUAUAAUUGUAAUUGCAGGGAAUAUCCUCUUUUAGCAAAAAUAUAUAUACAUAUAUACGU